UAUUGUAUUGUCAUUGGUCAUCUAUCUUAAUCGUUUUGUCUUGAUUUUGUCUACAUCUAUGCUGUGGUUGCAAAUUUUUGAUUUGCACUUUCAUUAUCCAUAUAAAUAUUAGUGUUUUUGUUACUUAAGAUAUGUUUAUUUGUUAAUUUUACGAUUAAGAAACUAAGCACUAAAUCGUUAGUAAGGAAAAAUACGUGUUGUUGGCGGGAGAAUAAAAUAACUAUUAUUGUUUACAAUAAAAUUCAUGCGUCGCCAUAUUCGCACUUAUUGCAAUGACAUUUUAUUAAGUCGUGGUUUAGAAAUACAAUAAAUGAACAGUGAAAUUGAUAUAUUAGUUUAGAAGCAUAGUGCCUUGCCGGAGGUUUUUCUUGAUUACCUGAUUCCGAAAAAGGAUUCGAUGGAUAACACAUUAGAUCCAUCGGCAUGACUGAAAAGGUGCUAUACCCAGGCGCUGGCGUCAAGAUGGAGCAUUUCCAGGCGGCGCUGGAUCCUCGCAAGCAGGAGCUGCUGGAAGCUCGCUUUCUAGGCGCCAAGGUGAGCGCAGGGGCGAUACUAGUAGAAACCCAGCGAGUCACCGAGUACAGGACGAUGUCAGCUGGGUCACAAAUUCAGAUGGCACCACAAACUACUGUCAACACGGGGCAGCCACAACAUAAUCAGGACUCCAAUAUGAGCACAGGGUCUUCGCAUAGUGACAAAGAAGUAGAUGCUUUGACUCCUGAAAAAUCAGCUGCAAUGCGAGGCUCUAACGUUGGGCCCGGUAGUGCUCUUGUACCACCAAGUGGUGCUACACCUACUAUAGCAAUGCCAGAAAAGAAAAUAAGAAAGCGGAAAGGUGAAGAAGGUGUAGGUGGGGGAGGAGGUGGAAAACAAAGACAUAAUUCAUCAGAUAAGAAUAUCCGAGAAUAUUUUUCAAAGCAUCCCUCAUCCAGUCCUGUUCGGCACGCUGGAGCUAAGUCACCUUCACCCCAGGGUGCUAACUAUCCCAUGUACCCACCGUCACCUUCAUCAUUGCUGCCUUCAGCUGACUUUUUACGUUCCGCCUCGCAACAGCGACCUCAUACUUCUGUUAAACAGAUUCAAACAGAACUGACGUGUCAGAGGAUACAAGAGUUAGAAACUCAAGCUUCAUCUGACUUAGAAGUAAGAAACAAUAGAAUAGAUGAAUUAACAAGAAGUAAUGAAGAGUUAAAACAUCAAGUUCAAGCACAGAGCAAGGUAAUAGACCAGCAUAAGUCACAUAUAAACAAAUGUAUAGAAGUGGUAAAGAAAUUAUUAAAUGAGAAAAGUACUAUUGAAAAGAAGGAAGCCCGACAGAGAUGUAUGCAAAAUAGGUUAAGGCUUGGUCAGUUCGUUACGCAACGUGUCGGCGCUACUUUCCAAGAGAACUGGACUGAUGGAUAUGCAUUUCAAGAACUCACAAGGCGGCAAGAAGAAAUAACGGCGGAAAAAGAAGAAAUAGAUAGGCAGAAAAAGUUACUGUCAAAGAAGCGGCCGUCGAAUAACGAGGGGGGCGGUGGUCGGGGCAAACGUACCUCGAGUGUGUCCGCUCCGUCCACGCCGCAACCACAGCCGUUACAUAACGGUACGGACGCGCCUACCUUCCUCAAACCAGACCCCCUGCCUAGUAUGACGUGGCAGGAGUACUAUGAGGCUGACGAGAUAUUAAAGUUGAGGCAAAGUGCCUUGAAAAAGGAAGAUACAGAUUUGCAGCUAGAAAUGGAAAAAUUAGAAAGGGAAAGAAAUCUACACAUUCGUGAACUGAAGCGGAUACAUAAUGAGGAUCAGAGUCGCUUUUCACAACAUCCUGUUCUCUCUGAUAGAUAUUUGCUACUAAUGCUGUUAGGCAAAGGUGGUUUUAGUGAAGUACAUAAAGCAUUUGACCUUCGGGAGCAGCGAUACACUGCCUGCAAGGUUCAUCAGCUUAACAAAGACUGGAAAGAAGACAAAAAGGCCAACUACAUCAAACAUGCACUUCGGGAGUACAAUAUACACAAAGCUCUAGAUCACCCACGAAUUGUUAAACUUUAUGAUGUAUUUGAAAUAGAUGGCAACUCAUUUUGUACUGUUCUUGAAUAUUGUAAUGGACAUGAUCUCGACUUUUAUCUUAAACAGCACAAGACUAUACCGGAGCGUGAGGCCCGAUCUAUCGUUAUGCAAGUGGUGUCAGCUCUUAAGUACCUGAAUGAGAUUAAGCCACCAGUGAUACAUUAUGACUUGAAGCCGGGUAACAUUCUGUUGACGGAGGGCAACGUGUGUGGUGAGAUUAAAAUCACUGACUUUGGCCUCUCCAAGGUUAUGGAUGAGGAGAAUUACAACCCUGACCACGGCAUGGAUCUCACCAGCCAAGGCGCAGGCACAUAUUGGUAUUUGCCACCAGAAUGCUUUGUAGUAGGCAAGAACCCACCAAAGAUCAGUAGUAAGGUGGAUGUUUGGAGUGUAGGUGUUAUCUUCUAUCAGUGUCUGUAUGGCAAAAAGCCCUUCGGACACAACCAAAGUCAAGCGACAAUAUUAGAAGAAAACACAAUUUUAAAGGCGACUGAAGUUCAGUUUGCAAACAAACCAACAGUCAGUAAUGAGGCUAAGAGCUUCAUCCGCGCGUGCUUGGCGUACCGCAAGGAGGAGCGCAUCGACGUGUUCGGGCUGGCGCGGCACGAGUACCUGCAGCCGCCCAUGCCCAAGCCGCGCGGCGCGGCGGGCGCGGGCGGCGCGGCCGGCAGCGCGGCGGGCGGCGCGGCGCCGGCCGCCUUCAGCGCGGGCCUGUUCGCGGCCGGCUCGUCGUCCUAGCCGCGCCGCGCGCGCCCGCGCCGCCCGCGCCCGCCGCGCCCCUGACGCCGAGGCGCGCCCGACCGGCUCGUGCCUGUACGCCUGUAAAAUGACUAUAUCGUUUACGGAUUCAAUUGUUUAAGAUUAUGCUUACUGUUGACUGUAUUUAUUGAGCGGGUGAUAAAAUGUGAUUAUCCAUUUAUGAAUGGUUUUAUCCUUUUGUCACUAGAGAAGAAUCCUUGGGACUAUCCCUAGCAUAUUAUAUAAGUUAUCCCUAUUAAAAAAGUUAAAAUAUGG